AGUAGAGAGAGAGAGAUUAGUAAACUGACAACACUAAAAAAAAAUGCUAGGCGCAUGGCGAGCAUAACACUGUAUUUGAGUAGGAAUUCAGCUGUAAUAUAGAGUCAAUAUGGAAUUUGAUCAGUUGUGAAGCAACAAACCGCGUUAAUGCUACAAAUCGAGGCUACUUGUUAGACACUGGCACGUUUACUGUGUUAACGGCUAAUGCGUGUUAUUUGUGUGGAGGUUAUGUGAUUAGGAAUUACAGUAGUUUGAAUAGCACAUGCUUCCAUUUAAAAUGAGUUACCGAGCUAGCGCAUUUCUUAUGUGUGAUUACUGAAGUAAUAUGUUAUGCAAGGUUAACAGUUGCAAAGAGACGGCUGAGAUACCCAGCACUUGGCUCGAUGUAAAUGACAGCCGGUAUUGCGUUUCGGCAUUACAUUUCCAUUUUGAAAUUAUGCGAACUAGCCUUCUAUAAAGUAAUUAUUACACAUUUGCAAUCGCAAAUUAUCUCGAAGCGGGAUGAUGCUACGUCUGAGAAAUAUGAUUCAAGACGAGCAAGUGGAGAUAGCAAUAUGCAUAAUACUGCGUUUGCCAGGAUUGUUUCUGUUGGACUCAUAUUACCAGAUGACGCAGGAUACUGAAGAUGCAGAGCAGACUUUCAUCGUGGCAAUCCCAAAGGCCGCUCAUAUUUUGAUUGUGUUUGUGGCACUGUUCAUCAUAACACUACCAAUGGAGCACCUAAUCACAGUUUAUAUGCAUCUCUUGAGUGCAGCAUUGCUUGCUGUCUCUAAAGCUUAUUCACUUCACUAUGUGAUUAAGGAGACAUCAGAACAUGGAAAUGAAGCUGAAACUGACACUUCCACACGGAAUUUUGAAGCACUGCUCUUCCACGUAUGUGUGUCGGCAGCCAUAACAUCACUGUUAGACUUGGAAGGGAACAGCCAUCGCACCCUACUAGCUGCGUAUACUCUGCCACCAUCAGCCCGAAUUGUGGGGGCACCAGCAUAUUGUCUCCCUACGCUUCACUUCUGCGCAAAUAUUAGUGUUGGAGUAUGGUUUCUUAGUUACGUACUUCUGAAACUUCCAGAUUUGUUUGCACAUUUUGUCCAUCUCUACCGUUUUGUAGUUUUUGGAGGACGUGUCUUUUAUGUCCCUGUAAUUGUGUGGCAGCAGUAUUAUCUAAUGCAGCAGCUGUUCAUUUUCUGGUGUUUGCUAGUUGUGGUGCAGCUCUACAAUUACUGCAACCCACAGGCAGUUGGUGGCAGCCCAAGGGGUGCCUUAUUGCUGGAACAGGAGUGGUAUUUGAUGUUGUUAUAUGCAGUGUCAGAAGUCUGUGCAUCUCCGUUCAGUCUGGCAGCUAGCUGCAUUGCAGUGACAUACAUAGCACGUUUUGUUUUGUUGUUUACAAAUGUUUUUGCUCAAGGAAAAUGGGAUUCAGGUUUAAUUCGUGAGCAUCCACGUGCUGGUGUAGGUGAAGGCAUUACUAUGGCACUGCUUUCUCUACAGACAGGAAUGACUCGUUUGGCAAUGCCACAACGAGUUGGAGCCAUGUCUGUGGUUCUUUUCAUUGUGUUGGGCUCCCUCAUCCAGUCCAUGCAUGAAAUGACAGAGCCCUUGCUAAUGCGUCUUUGUGCAUCGAGGAAUGUGUCAAAGUUGCGGCAUAUCCGUCUUUUAUUCCUCUGCCUUUUCCUUUUAACAUUUCCGUUGUACAUGACGUAUUUCUUGUGCUCUCUCUUCAAGGUUGACUUCUGGGCACUCGUUGUUGUCUCCACAUGUGCUCUUACUUCUGUGCAGGUUGCAGGAUCAAUUGUUGUUUAUUGUUUAUUCAUGUUUGAUAAUCUGUACAAAGAUUCUUCAUGGGAAGCAUUGGAUGAUCUUGUUUACUAUGCUAGAGCUGUUACAAGAGUAUUGGAGUUUCUUGUUGCGGUUCUUGUAGUUGGAGCAGGCUUCCAUGAAUCAGUACUGAUGACAACAGAUGGGCAGCCUUGGUCAUGGGUAAACAGUUCUGUAUUGCUGGUGCACUGCUACUACAAUGUGUAUCUGAGGUUACAGUCAGGCUGGCAGAGUUUCCUGCUCCGCAGGGAAGCAUCACGUCGUGUGGGAGGGUUGCCAGUGGCGACUUGUGAACAGCUGGCAGCGCGUGCUCAUGAUGUUUGUGCAGUUUGCUACAUUGAGAUGACUUCGGCCUGUGUCACACCAUGUCAGCACCUCUUCCACCCAUCUUGUUUAAGAAAAUGGCUUUAUGUACAAGACAGUUGUCCACUGUGCUCAUCACGAGUGAUAGAUAUUCCAAAAGUGCAAAAUGAGACUUCCAGCAGACCUCCAGAUCCUAUCAGAGCUGAGAACCAAAGUCAAAAAGUUGAUGAAGAAACCUCUACGCCCAGCAAUUGCGCCCCUGAAGAUGUAGUGAACAGUUCAAUUAAUAAUGCAAGUGAUAUGUUUUCAGAAGCAAAGACUGAACUAGAAACAGUCAGGAAUUCUAACUCGGAGGCUCAAGUUGUGGCUGAAACAUGCACUAGCAUGCAUAGGAGAUUUACUGAGGAGGUUCACGUGGAGAGAAACAAUAAUUUUGGCUCUUAUAGUGAGGAGCCCUGUUUAGCUGGUAAAGAGAAAAGUUUAGUGGGUCAGGUUGAAGAAGAACCUAUCACGGCGAAUGUAUCAUCAUCAUCAUCAUCAUCAUCAUCAUCAUCAUCAUCAUCAUCAUCAUCAAAUGUUUCCAAUGAAAUGGAUACUAACUGUACGCCUCAGUCCCCACAUGACAGAGGGCAAAUCAUACCUUUCAGUUAUCAACUAGAGACACAAAUUACUGAAAUAACCUGCAGUGUAGAUUUCAGAAUGCUCCCUGUACAAAAUAAAAGCACUAAGGAAGUUGUGCCAAGUAGCUCCUCCCUUGCAACAGAUGCCUGUUUAGACAAAGUGACCCAAGAUGAGGAAAGUGAUCACUGAACAAUCAUUAUAAAUGUGUACAGCAACAAUAGUUACGAGUCAAUAUUUAUGGUCAAGUGGAUAUUUUACUAUAUUUUCCUCACUUGAUGAAUCAUUGGAACUAUUUUGGCUGUAGAUGUUGGUGUGUACCAGGACACAGGUAUCUUAGGCAAGUUGAUAACUGUGUGUGUCUGAAAGACUGAUGUUUUGUGUGUGUACGUGUAUUUGUGUGUGUGUGUGUGGGGGGGGGGGGGGGUGUUGUUGUUUAUGUGCAUGCAAGUGCAUGAGUUUUCUAAGAAAAAAUCAAAUGAAUGGAAGAUACAUUAAAAUUUCACACACAACUUUGUCACGAAAAAAAGAAGGAAAAUUGUCUUAAUUCUCAAGAACUGAAAGGAUUGUGAACUGGAAUAUUUAUUGUUUCUCAACUUCGUGGCAGAAUAAUUGGGUAUAUUUUGUUGUGUUGUUUUUCUGUGCUAGUCACUAAAUGUUUUGUCGACAUUAAGCGCCUUUGCUUGAUUAGACAGUCUUUAAUAAGCUAAAAUUUAUUUUUAAUUGCCAUUUAACAGAUCACAUAGUUUUUACAAUAAUGUGGAGGUCUAUGCAUGAUUUAAUUGCCGAUUGAAUGGAGUUACAUAGUGCUAGGCCAAAAAUUCUGAUCAGGAUGAUUAUUAAUCCACCUGAAUUUUUAGAAAGAAACAAGCUUUGCACUGGUCUCAUCAACAAGAAUUUUCAAAAUUGUUUGUGUGACAGUCAACACUUUUUAUAUUUUCUCCUGAUUUAGCAGUUAUUUAACUUUUAUAAAAAGUAAACAUAUAAAGCUUAGACACUAUAGGAUACUCAUUUUGAAGGUCUAUUCAAAGUGAAGUAAAACAGUGGUACCAGUGACAUCCAACUUUUGAAGACAAACUCGCAUUUUUAGAAUAGAGAUACAUUUUCAGAAAUUAAUGCAUGUAUGUAAGGUUAGAGAAAAAUUUACUUCUGUAGGUUUUUGUUCUGUUUAACUACAGCUUGCUCUUCAUCAGCAGCAAAAAUAUCGUUGCUAUGGUGUAGUUCUUAGCGUAAAGAAUUUUAUCAUUUUUCCCUUAAUUUUAUCACAGGUAUUUCUUCGGACAGAAUAUUUAACAGAAUUGGUUACUUAUUGGUUACUUAGAGCUCAAUUGCUCACUCAGAGCUCAGCGUGUCAGUUUGCUGCUUUUAUGAGAUGUUAAUGAGCAGCAUUACUAUGUUUUUAAAAAUCUGAAUCUACUUCUCAGACAGGAAAAACGAGAAAAACUGCAUUUCACAUGUGCAUAAAGUGCCAUCUUCUCUGAGAUUACACAAUAAAAUCACCUAUACUUUUUGCUAAAUAAAUAAAUAAAUAAAUGAAUAAAUAAAAUAAGUUCCCCUUUGGUGGCUUAACUGCUGUCAUAGAUAGCAAUGUCAGUGCUGUCAUGGAGCAUUUAAUUUAACCAAAUAAAAUAGCAGCAGUCUAAUAACUGUGAAAAAGGCUGACUUUUAAUAAAUUCAACUCAUAAUGAGUGCUAGUCAUGAAAAACACAAGUGAACUCUUAAAAACAUUGCACUCUUCUUUUGUCAAGGAAGCUUUCUAAUACAUAGUAAAAUAAGCAGUAAUAGCUUCUUCACAGACUUACUUCAAGUGGUUGAAGAAUUUAGGAACCCAGAAAAGUUUCUAUACAAAUAUAUUUUUUGUAAAGUGGGAAGGCUUUCAGAGAAAUUUAUUAUGUCAUCACCAAGAGUUUUAUAGACUUCUGAAUUUUUCUGACCUAAACCACUAUUGAAAAUGAUGAUGAUAAUAACUGUACCAAAGUGUAAGAAUGUUAAUUAAAUGUUAACAAUGAAUUACAAACAGGGUAAUGGUGGAACAUCUGUUUGCUUUUAGUGUGAACACUUGUGGUUUGUUAAUUUGCUACUUUUGUAUAUAUAUUUCUCAUGUAAUAAUCAUCAUCUUUAUUUGUCCAUAAUAAUUUUACAGGCAUGGACAUUGUAAUUUUUUUUGUGCAUUUACAACAAUGAUAUCAUGCUGUAUAUAUAAUGAAUAUGUACAUUCAAGUGGGACAUUAGAUCCACAACUAAUAUAUUGCAAUAUACAAAAAUAGUGCUAUGAAUAAUGGCGUUCAGAAAUCUUUGAGUAAGUAUAUGUGUAUGAAGUAUGUGUGUUUAUGACUGUUUCAAUUUGCCCUUAAAAGAAAUUAAUCACAUUUAAUUCUUGUACUGUAAUUAUGAAUGGUUCUAUUAAUUACACUUAUUUCAUCAUUCUCUUUAACAAACAUAAUUGUAUUAAGGACAUCCAGUGAGUUCACAGCCAGUAAAUGUUACUUGAUGACAUAAUUCCUAUAGGAUUGAAAUUUUCUUAUUCUAGGAUUUAUCCAAACCACUCUCUCCUGAAGCAUGAGUUCCUUUCCCUGUAGAAUUGGGUGGUCAACCCAAAAUUUGAGUCUGAUAUUACAAAUGUGAGCAGAUUAAUCCAUAGGAUUUUUUGUUUAACUCUUUGAUCGCCAGCAACAUUUUGGUUUCAUUUGAGCCAUUACCUUUUUCUACAUAUUACUUUGAAACAUUGAAGUUAGUAUAUAUGAUUAUGCAUGAAAUUGUAAAAAAUCGGUUCAACCUUAUAAAUUUGGUGUGACGAUGCACAUGGCCCAUUUUAAACUUACGAUGCAACUAGAAGCUUUAUAUUGCCAUCUGCAUCACUCCUGAUGCACACUCAUAUAUCUGAGUAAGAGGUUAUUAUUGGAAUUUUCAACUAGCUGUUAUACAAUUGCUUUAAUUAUCAAAAUAAAAAACUUACAUUUUUACGCAUUUGUGCAUUGCAAAAGAAAGAAAAAAAACAGUCCAGGCACAUGACACUAUGAGGACAAAUUUGGCAUUUCAGUGACAUCUGUUUGCUAUAUUUGAUAGCAUAGCAUGCUUUCGCCCACCUGCUUUGGAGAGUUUGUGGUAACAGCUGUUACAACAUUUUCUCACUGGAGUUUCAACUAGUUUGUGAUUGCCAUCAGUUGACGUCUCCUGAACAUCAUCCGUUACUGCCACAAGCUCAGAUUUGUGUUUGGUUGUCAAAAAAAUGAUGUCCCUCUUGUUACCACCAUUUUCCCCUUCUUCAACUUUUUGUGAUGAUAGUUUUUGGAUUUCCCCUUCUUUUUGUGCAGUCUUCUCACACCAGAUGAGUUUGUUUUUCUAUAAGAAGGUGCAGCAACUUCAUAGAAGUGUAAAGUUAUCUACAAACAGUGUCCUUCCAGAAUUCAAAAGUGAAUCCAUUAAAUCUAAAACAGUUGCUGUUGUUUUGUCUAUAACAUGAGCUUCUUUUUCACAAUACACUUUAACAUUCCAAGUAUAUCCACCUACAGCACAAACUUUGUAUAAUUUCACUCUGUAUUUAAAACAUUUUUCAGGAAUGUACUGGCAAAAUUGUAACCUUCCACAAACUGUGGAACCAUUGUUUCAUUGAUAUAAAGGCUUCACCUGGAAUGAAAGCUUCCUGGAAUUUUGUGUUCAGAUGAUUCACAAGCUUCCUAAUUUUGAACACCUUGUCAUGUUCAUCUAUGUUUUAAUCGUCACAAAAAUUGUAUGCAACUUAGGGACAAAUCAGACAUAUUUCGGGAGAUAAUAGAAGAUACCUGGUUUUUGUAAAGCAAAUUCUGGCACCAAUAAUGCUUCAUUCUUGGCUUAUGAUCAAGCCCCAUCCACAACAUAAGCCCCAUAAAUUUCCUCAAAUCAUCAACGCUGAUAUCAGUCCAUAAAGUCAGUCUGGAUGAUGGUCAUGAUGUUACUGCAGCUUUCCACUAAUGAUCUUUUGCUCAGCAUAAUGGUUUGUUUCAUUAACUAUGAAAUUGCACAUUUCUUCAUCAAGGAAAAAAAAAUGCAGAUGUCAAUGGGAUGAAUUGAAUAUUUGUAGACAUAUUGGCCACAGUGCAUUGCUUACUCCACAGUUACCAGAAAAAACAAAACUUUUUAUGUUUCUCUGUACAUCAGACUACUUUAUUCAUGAAGUAGGGAGCCUGUCAGCACAGGAGAUCUCUUCAGGUGACAGCUCACUUUUACUGUCUUUGCCAGUGGAAGAUGAAACUUAGUUUGCUCCAUUUGUAGACGUAUUAUUCCUAACUUGCACGUGUAUCUUUUGAUUCUUCAAAGGAAUUACUUCAUAUUCACUACUACGCUAACUUAAGGAAUGAGCACAGUAAUCUGGGUUGCAAUCACUACCACUUCCAAACCGUGAUCCAUCAGGUAAACUCGAUUCCUCCAACCAUUUUCGGAUUCUCUCCUCUUAUGAAUCCAUUUUUCACAUUCACAAAAUCUUACUGAAAACAAGCACUACACAAUGCUAAACAAGUAGCUGCACUAUAUUGUAAACAGGUAACAAUUGCCUGUCAUCUAUUGCUACAAAACCAAUAUCACAAUACUCUUACCACUGGCCAGUGUAAUGUGAUGCCCAUUUGAUUUCAAUGCAAGUGUGACUGUGUAUGCACCACAGUGAAAUAUUCAUAAACCCUCAUUUGAUUAAAUAUGAUGCACAUGGUAAAAAUGAAAAAAAAAAUGUACAUCAAAUAUGAUGCACAUAGAGGUGAAUGUGUUAACAACAGGAGGAGUUAUUAUAUUUGUGAGGCAUUUUAGUAAGCAAACAUUGUAGCUAAUAUUUCUACAGAUGUGCCUGAUACACUCUUUCACUGUAAGAUGUUCAUCAACAACAGUGCCAAAAAAAAAAAAAAAAUUAUGUUUAUCGAAUGCUUCAGCUGUGGACAGUGAUUCAGUAUUUAUGUCCGCUUGAGAUUAGAGAUACUUUAACAAGAACUUCAUCACAUUAAUCUUUACCUUAUUCAGUGUAAGUUUAUUCAUGAUUAGAUAUUCUCUGAUCAGCUCAAAGUUUUCUUUAUUGGAUCCAGCUAAUAAACACUGUAUCAUAAGUUUCCUUCACUUGCUUUGAGUUUUGCAGCUUUUUUACAUCAUUAAUGUACAAAGGAAAUAAAACUGGCCCAAGAACCCUUCCCUGAGGACUCCACAGCUGAGUCUUGUGUGUUGAUUUUAUUGUUAGGAUGUUAGUUUCAUUCUCAUACUGUAACAUAGUUUGGCACAAUGCUUUUAUCUUGGAAAUAAGAACUUAAGAACUUUAGUGCUACUACUAUUAUACCUUAAGUUUCCAAUUUGAUGAUUAACAGAAUCAAAGGCCUUAGAAAAAUCAAGAUAAGUGCCAACAACUUUGUUUCCUUUAUCCUGUCUGUUUAGGAGUUCACAAAAGAAAGCUGCUACUGCUCUUAUUACAGACUGCUCUUUUUGAAACACAUGCUGCGAGUUGUUUAGUGGGUUGCAUUUACAUAAGAAAGAUUUCAUGUGGUCUGAAAUUAUCUUUCAUGUAACUUGCGAAGCAUCGAAGUCAGUGAAAUUGGCCUGUGAUUACAUAUGUCAAUGGUUGCUCCCUUUUUAUACACAGGUCAUCUCAGUAAUUUUUAAAGGGUCAGGAAAUAUCUCCUGCCCAACUGAACUGUUUAUUGAAUGUGUUAGUAGUUUCAUUCACUCAUUUCUUCAUUCUUUAAGCAGUGUAGAUGAUAAGUCAUCCCAGCCAACAGAUGUUUUUGUUUUAAAAUUGUUUUCUUUGCCUCAUAUUCUGUUAUGGUUCGUAGAACGAAAGGAAUGACCUAUGUUAACUGAGUUUAUUUGUAGUGCUGAUUCAUCAGUUUCUUCUCUGCGUAACUUAUUACAUUGUUCUAAGAAAGCCUCACAUAUUGUCUUUGGCUCACUCACCAACAUUCCAUUUUCUCCUAUCGCUAUAUUACCGCAACCUGGAUACUCCGUUUCCAUGUUCAUUGCGGGCUAUACUCCACAAUCUUGAACUAACAUUAUUGGAUUCACUUAUCUGUUCAGCAUAAUAGUGCAAUAGUGGACUUCCAGAGUCUUCAUGGAUUCCCUGUACCUUUUUUCCGCUGCUUUUGUACUUUUAAGAACUACUACAAUUUCAUAUCCCUUAACAGCACAUAUUAGGUCUUUCAUGCUUUCUUUUUAUUUGUGGAUUACUGGAGGAAUUUUAAGAUUCUUUGAAAACUUUAUUUCCCUUUUUUUUACCAUUGGACAUGUUAAAUCUAUGAUUAAAUAUUUUUUAGGAAUAGACCCACUCUCUGUUGGAAAUGUGUUCCUUAAGCCUAUUUGUGGUCAAUUUUUCUUUUAUAAAUCAGUAAGUCAUGAUGUGGAAUUGUAUUGUGAUCUGUAUUAAUCUUUGUGGCUAGUGCUCUAUGGUUUAAUUCUGGUUAGUACAUAAUUUACAUGGAUAUGGUUACAGUACAGUAACAAGACAGAAUACCUAAGAUAAUUUUCAUAAUAGUUUAAAGAGUCUGUAGUCGCAUCUCCUUAUCUUAUAACCUGUCUUUUGUUUGUUGAUAGUUUAUCCAGAAGUUCUUCUAAAUGACAGAAGAAUUGACCUGCAUCAUCGUUGGUGAUCUACACAAGCCAGCGAUACUUAAGCUGUUUUCGCUCAACUUAAUGUUUACUGCUAUUGGUUCAAAGACCAUCUUUGCAGCAAGUUAAUCAACUCAAUCAAUGUUUUCACACUGAAUGUUAUUCCUAACAUAAAUGCCUGCACCACACACUCUUAUCCAGCUUUACUUCGUCACUUUUAUGCAGCAUACAGUUUGCUGUAGAGAAAUAGUAGGUUAUAAUCCCUAAAACUGUGUGUGUGUGUGUGUGUGUGUGUGUGUGUGUGUGU